CGUGUUUUACAGAUAUAAAGGAGGAUAGCGUGAUUCUCCUCACUAUCUAAGAGCUCCUACUGAUAUUCUCUCAUCUAAACUCUAAUUCACAAUGUCUACUAGGCCUGACCACCCCCGCACCAAUUUGAACAAUCUCUUGCAGGCCGUUUACGGUCCUGCGGCCCCUGACCAUGUCCAAUGGGACGUCUCUUCGAAAGGCCCUCCCAACUGUCCAACAUGGUCUGCGACCAUCUACGUCGACGAUAUGAAGUACGGCUACGCCCAAGCACGCACCAGAGGCGCUGCUCAGGACUCGGCUGCGCAGCAGGCUUGUGAUCACUUGAGACGCGAAAGGUUGACCUGACGCGACCCGUCCAUCAGCCACGACGACUUCAUCUAAGAUACUCCC